CUACAAGUCCCAAGUCUACAUUGGCAGGGGUGCGAUCUGAUAGGCUAGAUAGUACUAUAGGCACUGCAGUAAUCACGAGUGAAGUCAGCCGGUAAUGCUCUUGGCUCUUCUGCUGCACUUUGAUCCCAGUAUAAAGAAGGGAUGGGCUUCUGUUAAAUCAAUGAUCAGACAGUCAAGUGUCUUACUCUGAGGACCUGGCUAAAUGUUGUAUUUAUGGAUUGGGAAGAACACCCAUACACAUUACCUUAGGAAACCAUCAUUUUGUGCAAGAAAACACUGAAAGAGCCUGUCCUAGUCAUGGAAGUCUGGUACAUUCUCUUAUUGGGGUACAUGUAUACCAUGGUAAUCGCUGAUUCACCAAAUAUUAUAUUGAUCCUUGCUGAUGACUUAGGUUAUGGUGACUUAGGGUGUUAUGGACAUCCUUCCUCUCUCACCCCUAACCUGGACCAAAUGGCUGCUCGAGGGCUGAGAUUCAGAGACUUCUACUCUACAGGAACUGUGUGCUCACCCUCCAGAGCUAGCCUUAUGACGGGCCGCUAUCAGUCCCGGAAUGGGGUGUACCCAGGUGUUUUUUAUCCUGGCUCUAGAGGUGGCCUCCCAUUAAGUGAGGUAACAAUUGCUGAGAUGCUGCAGUCUAGUGGAUACAUCACUGCCAUGGUUGGCAAAUGGCACCUGGGCUUAGGGCUGAAUGGAACCUAUUUGCCAACAAGACAGGGAUUUCAGCACUUCCUAGGAGUGCCCUUUUCACAUGAUCAGGGCCCUUGCCAAAAUCUUACUUGUUUUCCUCCAAAUAUAAGUUGCUAUGGGACAUGUGACUUAGGAGAAGCUCUACUCCCCUUGUUCCUUGGUGAAAAAAUAAUUCAGCAACCAGUGGACUUCACAAAACUUGUACCCAAAUACCAGAAAUUCAGCAAAUCCUUCAUCAGUGCAGCUGUGAAAGACAAGAAGCCAUUCUUUCUCUACUAUGCCUCCCAUCACACUCAUUACCCACAGUUUGCAAGUGCUCAGUAUACAGGCCAGUCUCUAAGAGGACGGUUUGGAGAUGCGCUUCUUGAACUUGAUGGAUCAGUGGGGGAGCUGCUAAGAGCUAUUUGGGAAAAUGGGAUUCAAAAUAACACGCUCAUCAUCUUUACCUCUGAUAAUGGGCCUGAGACCAUGCGUAUGGAGAGAGGGGGCUGCUCCGGGCUUCUGAAGUGUGGCAAGAGUACAACCUAUGAAGGUGGUGUAAGAGAGCCAGCAAUAAUGUACUGGGAGGGAAAUAUACAACCAGGAGUUACUUCAGAGCUGGCUAGCACACUGGACAUUUUGCCCACUCUAGCAAGUCUUACAGGAGCCUCACUGCCUACCACUGUGCUUGAUGGAUAUGACUUAAGCAAACUCCUAUUCAAUGGACAUCCAAGUCCACGGAAUACAUUUCAUUACUACCCCUCCUACCUUGAACCUAAAAAAGGCAUCUUUGCCUUGAGAUUAGGGAAGUACAAGGCACACUUUUAUACAGAGGGUGCAUUCCACAGUGAGACUACUCCAGAUCCAGACUGCCAUGUGACUGCCCUUCUGAAAUAUCAUGAUCCACCUCUUCUGUUUGAUUUGAGCAACGAUCCUGCAGAGAACUAUAACUUGUUAAAGGAUGGAAUCCCCGUGGAUCUUGUGCCAGUGCUGAAAGAAAUUUUGGCUGAACAAAAAAGAUUUGAGAAAACUGUAAAGUAUGCAGAUAGUGAGAUUAAUAAAGGAUCAGACCCGUUACUGAGACCCUGCUGUAACCCAGAAUGCAGCCCAAAACCUGGCUGCUGUCACUGUGAAAAGAGGAGUGGAAAACUGUGAAAUGAGGAAAGGAAAACUUUAUUCAUGAAAGGUGCUUGCAUCAGCAUGUGCGUCUUUCACUUCUGUACAGUUGUGCCCAGCGCUGCUGCCUCCUGUUUCAAAUCAAGUGCUGUUGCACCAAUUGAUGCAGGGAUAUCCAGGAGCUACCACCACCUCCAAACUAGGUGGUAACUUCAGGGUUUCCACUGCAGCUUGAGGCAAUAGGCGCAGUGCUGAUGCACCUAAAGAGUUGGGUGCAUGUGCCACUCUCACGCUGAACACCAGUAAUGACGCCAAUUGGAACAUUUUUAGUGCAGUUGCAUCCAGAUGUGGUGUGCGACUGCAACUGUGUUAAUUUUGAUGCACCAGCCACACUUGCGUCGGACGCAGCUCUCCGUGGUGACAGUUAAUACAGGUAUAGGACCCGUUAUCCAGAAUGCUUGGGACCAAGGGUUUUCCGGAUAAGGGAUCUUUCUGUAAUUUGGAUCGCCAUACCUUAAGUCUACUAAAAAUUUUAUAAAACAUUAAUUAAACCCCAAUAGGAUUGUUUUGCAUCCAAUAAGGAUUAUUUAUAUCUUAGUUGGGAUCAAUUUCAAGGUACUGUUUUAUUAUUACAGAGAAAAGGGAAAUCAGUUUUAAAAUUCUAUAUUAUUUGAUUAAAAUGGAGUCUAUGGGAGACAGGCUUUCUGGAUAAUGGGUUUCUGGAUAAGGGAUCCCAUACCUGUAUACUGGAAUUCUGGGGGAAAAAAGCUGCAUUGUGGGUAAAAAAAAACGUGCCUGCGGUCAUAAAUGCCUCCUGAUGUGUAGAUCUGGUGCUUACUUUAAUUGUCUUCUAUUCAGUGCAGGGCAUAGCAUAAACUACACAUUGUGCAACACAUACUUUAUGGUUGAGCAACUUUUUACCAGGUCUUUUUUCUGUUUAAAGGGAUAGUUCACCUUUAAAUUAAUGUUUAAUAUGAUGUUGAAAGUAAUAAAAAAAAAAAAUAGCAUUUUCUGCUGCCAUUUGAAAGAAGACAAGUAAAACAAUGGAAGGCAAAUAAUACAAAAACUGGAAAAAAAGACCAUUUAACAAACUAAUACCUAAUACAUUAACAGUAAUUUUUAGCCAAGAUUGAAAUCACAGACUGUAUACUUUUAAUGAUUACAGUGAUUGCAAAGAUGCAACCUUCAUGGGCUGGAAUUAGCUCUGCAACUAAUUACAUGCAAAAUAUGCAGCAUUCUGCACAGCAGAAAUCACUGUUGCUUGUAUCUUGUGAUUAGUCAGAUAUAUAUUGUUACAGUAUAUGUUUGAUCAGAAGGUUAAAACCAAGCUUGCUGACAUUAAUCCAAAUUUUUUUAUACUGCCAUAACAUUGAUGUCUUUUCUGCCUCAGAACUGUGUCUAAGUCUGGUCUUUUCAUUUAAUGACUUUUGUAUUGUUAUAGAGUUGUAAAAUGAAUCAGAAUUGCACUGAAUUUUAUUUUAAUUAUUACAUCAACUAUAUGCCCCAGCAUUCACCCCACGUCUGUGUAGGAUAUUAAGGGAAUAGCAAGAACAGCAACAGAAUGUCUUAAGCUGGCCACACACGUGACCAUCGGCCGCACGAAAGAUCAUUCCAACACUCCACUGACGUCCAGGGCUGAAUCGUUAGAUAUGGAGGUAGAAACAAUAGGAUUUCUGCCGAUUCAGCCCUGAACAUAGAUUUUGCUCGGGCGCCUUCAAUGGCACCCGAUCAAAAUCUUUUAGCCCGCCCCGAUCGGCAAGACGACUGGUAUCUGCAGCCUUCUGCAAUAUCGGUUGCCUCGCCAGGUUGCCGUACACGCACCGAAUAUCAUACGAAACCUUGUUUUAUCUGUGUGUAUAUGGCCAGCUUUAGGGCCCUAGUGCUACAGCGUGCAACACAUUUUAAUAGAAGCCUGACAAGCUCUUAGUCUCUCCCGGUUAUAGCAAUGUAACCACAUACAAGCCGAUACCUUUGAAAUAUACUUUGGCUGCACAGGGAUGGUUACAAUUCACAGAUCAAAUUGGUGGGUAUGAGUUAUUUACAGUGUAAUCACAGCACAAGUCCAGGCUUUAGUUAACUUGAGACAGUAAAUUAACUAGUAAAGAUUUACCUUGCAAUUUACUGCUACUCUUCUGUCACUAAAUUAUUAGUAUCAUUUUAGUAUCCAUUAUUAGUAUCAUUUUCCAGGGCUCUAUUUAGCUGUAGCAGAAAACAGUUAUGUUCUUAAGAUGGUAUCAACUGUACCAAACAUGUAAAAGAUUUAUAUGUUUAUGUAAAAUUGGACACCAAACAAGUUAGUUUAAAUACAUCCUCCACACUCUUCAUUGACUUCAUUUUAUUUACUUUAAUUAUGUAUAAAAGUCAUACCUAAUUAAAGUUAUUAAAAAAUAAGUGUUCCCUUUAUAGAAGCAGUUGUGUAAAUUGUGAAGCUUCGCUAGCAGAAUGCCUGGCUUCAGUGGAUAAUAAGGAGGGCAAUGAAAAUGCAAGUAGAUAUAUAGUCACUAAAAAGUCAAAAUUGUUAAUGUAGUUAGAUCCUUGCUAUGUAUAUUUGAUGAUGCUCUCACUAGCAUAAUCUUUGCAAGUUUCAAGCAACAAAUGCAACACCACCAGAAAUGAACUAGCCAUAAGCUUUAUAACAUAUCUAGCUUUAUCAGUGCUUCUGGAAAGGGAUUCAAGUACUGUACAUUGGCUUGGCAGUGAUGUCCAGAUUAGCCUAGUGUGCUCAUCGUUAGUUAGUUCUAUGUUAGCAGAAGGAAAAAGGGGAAAUGAUAAGAAAGGCUUGCAGCGCAAUAUAAAUCCAUUCACUGCAUGCUAGUAUGGUUACUUAUUAACUGGAACAGGGCCGUUCAGCUGGAAGAUACUGGAUAGUGUGGGCCUCUGCUUAAUUUUUUAUGGACCAAAGCCUGAUCCACAGAUGUAGUUUUUGUAUGAUGUCAUCAUUUUAAUGUAACUUGUCCUGGACUUGUAAAAUAACAAUCCGUUCUCUGUUUUUUUUCAUUCUGAAAUUACAUUGUAGUGUAUUUGGUGCAUAAAACAAAUGAACAAUGAUGACUUGUGUAGUGUAUUAAAAAAAAAAAUGUGUCUAAA